AAACAAACCCAACACAUUCUUAACCAAAACAUUCAUAUUGUUCAGAAGUUUUGGUUUAGAAUUCAGGUUCUCGGGUAUAAUAAUAUGGCAUCACAAGAAGCUGGGAAACUAGAGUGGAGGAUAAGUGUAGACAAUGGGACAACAGAGAGAUUGGUUCCUAGAUCCGGACUAAGUAAAAGGUUCUUUCUUUGGCUAAAGGGUUUGGUAAUGAAGGUGAUCAUGGAGCGAAUUGCAAAGUUUAUGAGGAAAGCUUGGAGGAUUGGGGCAGAUGAUCCGGCCAAAGUGGUACAUUGUCUUAAAGUAGGACUUGCACUUUCAUUAGUCUCAAUCUUUUAUUACAUGAGACCUUUGUAUGAUGGUGUUGGAGGAAAUGCUAUGUGGGCUAUCAUGACGGUUGUCGUCGUCUUCGAGUCCAAUGUUGGAGCAACAUUCUGCAAAUGUGUAAACAGAGUUGUGGCAACUAUAUUAGCUGGAUCACUAGGCAUUGCUGUUCAUUGGGUCGCCACUCAAUCAGGAAAAGCUGAGGUUUUUGUGAUUGGAUGCUCUGUUUUUCUCUUUGCUUUCGCAGCUACUUACUCGCGGUUUGUGCCGUCAUUCAAAGCCAGAUUCGACUAUGGAGCAAUGAUCUUUAUCCUCACAUUUAGCCUUGUCUCAGUAGGCGGUUACCGAGUAGAUAAGCUGGUGGAAUUGGCUCAGCAAAGAGUAUCAACUAUUGCAAUUGGAACAUCUAUCUGCAUUAUCAUUACUGUCUUCUUCUGUCCCAUCUGGGCAGGAUCUCAGCUUCACCGUCUUAUUGAACGUAAUCUCGAAAAACUUGCCGAUUCACUAGACGGCUGUGUAGCAGAGUACUUCAAGGAGAACGAAGUCUCGACGAAUCGAAAUGAAGACACUAACAUGAAAUUGCAAGGAUUCAAAUGUGUGCUAAACUCUAAGGGAACAGAGGAAGCCAUGGCGAAUCUAGCCAGAUGGGAACCUGCACACGGAAGCUUUAACUUCCGGCAUCCAUGGAAGCUAUACGUAAAGAUAGGUGCUGCUAUGCGCAGAUGUGCUUAUUGCCUUGAGAAUCUCAGUAUCUGCAUCAGCUAUGAAACAGAGACACCAGACCAGGUCAAGAAGCAUUUUGGAGAAGCUUGUAUGAAACUGAGCUCAGCUUCUUCAAAAAUCUUAAGAGAAUUAAUGGAAAUGAUGAAGAACACGAGAAAAUCAUCGAAGAUGGAUUUCCUGGUGUUUGAUAUGAACUCUGCAGUACAAGAACUUCAAGAAACCUUAAAAACUGUUCCAAUUGAAACCAAUAAGCCUGAAGAAGUUCCAUCUGAAGAGGAGAACAAAGUAGACAGUGAAGAGAGAAACACGUUGAUGAGCCUACAUGAAGUCCUUCCAGUUGCCACUUUGGUUUCGUUGUUAAUCGAAAACGCAGCUAGAAUUCAAACUGCCGUCGAAGCAGUUGAUGAACUGGCAAAUCUAGCAGAUUUCGAACAAGAUUCAAAAAAGAAAUCCGGAGACAACAACACUAAACAACCACCACUAAGCUCCUAAAUCACUUUCAAUUACACAUCGAAAACUCAACAUACAUGAAGAUUUUAAACCUAGUUUUCAUGUGUAUAUAAGCCUUUUUAGUGUAUGAUUUUGCUUAGUUCUGUAACCGAAAUUUUCUUCGGCUUGGUUUUAAGCAGU